AUGAGCCGAAUAUUGUUCCUUGUCGCAGUAUCGAUUGCCAUAGCAUCACAGAAAGAAAUCGCCAUAAAAAAUGAAAAAUGCAGGACGUGUAACUUUUUAGUGAGCACAUUUGAUGAGGGACUCAAGAAAACUGCUCGACAUCAUUUUGCCGGCGGAGACACUGCCUGGGAGGAGAAAAACCUUGGAAAGUACAAAACAAGCGAAACGAGAUUAAUUGAAGUUCUAGAAGGCGUUUGCAAGAAGUCUUCACUUCCUAAUAUCGAUAAAUUUACUGGAAUUAGUGAAUUGGAGUUCAAGUGUGCCACACAGCUCGAGCGACAUGAAGAAACAAUCGAAGAAUUCUACUAUAACCAACAACAUAAUAAUAUGUCCAUUUGGUUGUGUGUUGAUGAAUUGAAAUUAUGUUGUCCACAUGGUCACUUUGGAAAGAAUUGCGAAAAAUGUCCAGGAUUGAGUGAUGGAGCAGAUGCCUGUUUUGGAAAAGGAUCUUGCCACGGAGACGGAAGUCGGGAAGGCAGCGGAAAGUGCAAGUGCGAAGCUGGUUAUACGGGAAAUCUGUGCAGACAUUGUGACAACGAAUACUUCGAAGAGUCGAGAACAGAACAGAGCGUUACGUGCAAAAAAUGCCACGAAGGAUGUCUGGGAAUCUGUUCAUCCGAGAGCCCAAAAGGUUGCUCAAAGUGUAGACACGGAUGGGUAAUGACAGAAGGAGAAGGUUGCACAGACGUCAAUGAGUGUGAAAACGAGUCAGCAUGUACAAAAGAUCACGAAGUUUGUGUUAACACUGUCGGAUCUUAUCGUUGUGAUUGUAAAGAGGGAUACAAGAAAGAUGAUGAUUACAACUGUCAAUUCGAUGUUGAAGCAUUGAAAGCGGAGCAACAAAAGCCAGAAAUUGAAGAUGAAGAAGAUGGAGAAGACGAGGACUAUAACGACGUCAAGGAUGAAUUAUAA